UGGUUGGUAUGGCGCGCACGAAGCAGACGGCUCGCAAGUCGACCGGUGGCAAGGCCCCGCGCAAGCAGCUGGCCACCAAGGCGGCCCGCAAGAGCGCGCCGGCCACCGGCGGCGUGAAGAAGCCGCACCGCUACCGGCCGGGCACCGUGGCCCUGCGGGAGAUCCGGCGCUACCAGAAGUCCACCGAGCUGCUGAUCCGCAAGCUGCCGUUCCAGCGGCUGGUGCGCGAGAUCGCGCAGGACUUCAAGACGGACCUGCGCUUCCAGAGCUCGGCCGUCAUGGCGCUGCAGGAGGCGAGCGAGGCUUACCUGGUGGGGCUGUUCGAGGACACGAACCUGUGCGCCAUCCACGCCAAGCGCGUCACCAUCAUGCCCAAGGAUAUCCAGCUGGCGCGCCGCAUCCGCGGGGAGCGGGCUUGAGUGAGCGCUCGGCUCGAGGUUCCAUCCUAUUCAAAGGCUCUUUUCAGAGCCACCCACGACAGCACUUGGAAGAAGCUGUGCCACUUUAGUUGUUUGUCCGCUCCUUCCCGGCGGACGCUUCUCUAUCGCGGGAGGGUGGGACAGACGAGUCCUCACGACAGGUGACGUAAAAGCCACGAACCGGAUCCAGGUACCCUGUUGGCUAGCUUCCCUCUCCCGGCGGCCCGGGUCCUCAGUUUCGCUUCUGCGAAACGGCGGUCCACGCUCGCUUUACUGAUGGGUGUGGGGUGGUCUUUUAGCAGCUCCACCGUGACCCAGGUUGUAAGCUGUCUAGGAAGUGAAAAAGGGAUUUCAGGGUCGAGGGGUCCCAAGACAACGGAGUUUCUAUGCGACGCUAGAGACUUGCCGUCCAGAGCGCACCCCGGCUGGUUUUUUUUUUUUUAAUUAAAGAUUAUUUGUUUAUAUAUUUGACAGAUCACAAGUAGGCAGAGAGAGACGGGGAAGCUGGCUCCCCG